AUGCACAUUACCGGAAUGGUGUCCAGAAGUGCUGAGCAGGUAAAUCAAGGAGGCUUCCUUUUUCUGGGAAACUUGCAGAACGAGAUUGCGCGUAUUUGGAGACAUUCAAACGCAAACCAGCUUAGUGUGAUUUCCGAAGAGCAUUCCGUCAGUACGUGUCUUCAUUCAAACUAUGAAUUCAUGCUGAAGGAUAGGCGCGCCUUUGCAGACAAGCUGCACGCGUCGAACAAAUCUUUUCUCCAAAAAACAUUUUCUCGUCACACUAUCAACGAACUUGUCGUAUCUGGUUCAAGUGAGCAGAGCCUGAGUUCUUUCCUGGUUUCGAUCAAGACAGCUCACGAGUCCUUGAAAGCCAUCUCAAAGCAAACAGAAUCCAGUUUGCAAAAGGUAUUGUCCGCAACAGAGAAGCGAGCAGCUGGUCAUUUAGGUGAUAUGCAAACAGAUUUUGAUUACCUUGUUGUCAAUUUGAACGCUGAGCGAGUCAGAGUAGACAAAGCAACGGGUCAGAUAGCUGAAUAUUCAAAGGAACGAAAACGGAUUGAAGAGCAUAUGAAAAGCCUCUGGUGA